AUGGCGCGGCUCUUUCAGGCAGCUUACCCUAUAAUUAUCACCAUUUCCAUGCUUGUAACAACCUGGUCUCUGUCAAAUGACAUAAAUAGUGGGGAGUCUCCGUACCGGGAACGCCGUGCCCUAGUGUUCCCAACAGGGACGGUUUUACAGCUUACUGUGGGGUUAUCAAUGCCAAUGAGUGCCCCAAAUAGGACCCUAGCCAUUUCUUUCGGAAUUCAAAUGGUCUACUCCAUGCCCACAAACGCAACACAGUGGCACACGGCACCUGAGAUUAUGGGACGGCGCGCAAUCGCCAGCGGAGCACUGGCGGAUAUAUACCUGCCGAUAGAAACAUUCCUAGAAGAUCAUGGCUUCGAUGGACGAAUGUGUCUCCUCAGAAGCAUUUGUGAAGCAGCUCAUUCGCCGUUCCACCACGAGGAUUUGAAUCUUCUCGAAGAAAUUGUGCACGCAAUUUUAACGCCUUCACAAGAAGUUUCGCCAGCAGAGGCUGACUGUAGUGACAACACACAGGUUAUGGACUAUCUGCCCCUAGAGAAACAGUACUUCGCUGCGGAAUGCGUGGGAAAGUCGGGCGGAGACUGUGACGCUGCUUAUCCAGCCUGUCCCGAAUCUCCUUUGGAUUAUAUCUCGCAAACAAUACAAUUAGAAAUGUUUCCAGAAUGAAAUGGAGUAGGAACUUCAAUGAUGUACAAUAUAACACCAACCCAACUGUCUGAAAUAGGUGGAAUCCCAUUUCUUCCCUUUCGUAUUCUUAGACAUAUAAAUAUUCGACAAGCUGAAAAAUUUGAAUAUUAAGCAAAUCUGAAUUUUACAUUUUUAAAAAAAUCCGUCGCUUUUCACGCUUCAAUUUUCUGUAAGAUCUUAUCGUGAGUAAGCUGGAAAUAAUAUGCAUGAUCAUUUCCGGAUAUCCAAAACUUAUUCUUAAGAGAAAACUCUCAAGGAUCUGAAGUGACUUAUAUAAUGCACAGAAAGAAAUAUUUUUGGUUUGUGCCUACCACAUAAAAGAGUUUAACUUUCCUCAUAAUUUUAUUCCUUAUCUAUUUUGCGCUCCUUAAAGAAAUUCCGUAAAUUUGUUGAAAUUUACUACCUGAAAUUUCUUUAACUGAUACAGACCGAGGAGACCUCUGGAAGCUGAAAAUUGUAAACUAAUCUCUUAUGGCUUUCGACUAAUACAUCAAAACAUUCACAACGUCUUCCAUUGAAUUGCUACGUAGUAAUUCGUAAUUCAAAAUCACAAAACAACUCAUACGAAGGCAAGACAAAAUAUUGAAGGCUCAUUCAUUAUAGAAAGCAGAUACUCACGGGAUCAACUUCAUAAAUAUCCUGCAUUCCUUUUAUUUAGUCCAAUGGUCCAAAAUUUCCCUGACUCCCUGAUUUGAAGCAAUAAUUAACUUCUACCGAAGAACAAUUAUGCAAGAAUUUAUUAAAGUGGUCAAGGUUAAUCGCAUAUAAGAAAAUACGUGCAAUAUCCUUGUUCAAAUUUUUUAAUUAUCUUAUGAAGAACAAAUGAGGUUAAUGUCGCUAGUAGCCUAUCAUUAAUCCUAACACCGCUCUUUUCCAACCCGCCUUUGUUUGUAUCAGCUCAGUCGGAAUGGUGCUAUCCCUGCUAGA